CUAUAUGCCCCUUUUCUACUUGUCUUUUAUAUUCUUCUUUCAAAACCAACCCCAUUUCAUUUCAUUAUUUUCCACACAACAAACAACAAUGACCAUUUCUUCCACCAAUCUUUUGAUCCUCCAUCUGGUGAUUUCCGCCUUCAUCGUGUCAAUGCCGGCGUCGGCUAGCACCGGAGGAGACGAGUUUAUUUGGAUGUCGAAACAAGGAGGGUGCAGAGGGUCUAUAGCCGAGUGUAUGGGAGAUGCUGCAGAAAUGGAAAUGCAAUCGGAAAGCACAAGACGCAUUUUAGCAACCACAAAUUAUAUAAGUUAUGGUGCUUUACAAGGGAACAAUGUGCCUUGCUCACAAAGAGGUGCCUCGUAUUACAAUUGUCAGUCUGGCGGUCAAGCUAAUCCGUACCAACGUGGUUGCAGUACUAUUACUCGUUGCCGCCGUUAGGAUUUUUAUUUGCGACUUUUUUGUGUUCAAGUAUAAAUCCUUCCUCUAGCUUCCAUGGAUUUUUAAUUCUUGGUCUUGUAAUUUCCAGUGUUCAUGUGCUUAAUUUGUCAAACUUUUACUUAAUUGCUC